GCUUCCUUGACUUAGACCUUACCCACACGCUCGCACACGCAAACACCCCCUCUCCUCUCUCCCUACCUCUCCCUCAGAUCUCUCUCUCUCUAUCUCUCUCGCUCUGCAAUUAUGGCAAUCUCUCCUUCUCUCUCAUAUUGAAUUCAUAAAUCUUCUCACAGGUGGGUAAGUGAAUGAGCGACUGAGAAGACUGAACAUAUUAUUAAAGAUCGCAGUCCUUCCUCCUUCGCCUUCACCCGUGUGUACCCUCCUCGCACUUAUUGCACCCUCCCACCCAAGCAGCAGCCUUUACCCCCCGCUCCCCCCUCCUCCUCGGUGGCGAUGAGCCCUCUGCGCCACCGCCGCCGCCGCCGCCCAUUCCCUUCGCUCCCCCUCCUCGCCGCCCUCUUUCUCUUGCUCUCCUCCUCCGCCAUUUCCCUCCCCCAGCACUUCGACUCGUCCCGCGGAGGAGGAGGAGGACCGAGGUCGCGAGAGAUCGUAGACGACAGGACCAGGAUGCGAAUUCUCCGCGCAGCCGGGUCGGGCGAAGACCAGCUUCGGCGGCGGGUUCUCAAAGGGCUGGGGUCAUCCCCGCCCACAUGCCGGUCAAAGUGCGGGAGUUGCUCCCCGUGCACGCCGGUGCACGUCCCCAUCCAGCCGGGCUUCAGCAUGCCCCUCGAGUACUACCCCGAAGCGUGGCGAUGUAAGUGUGGCAACAAGUUGUUCAUGCCAUAAUAUGAAUAGUGACUGGGACUGAAUUUUUUCCACACCACACCUUCUGCUAUCUAUGCUUGUGGGACUGAUCAAAAUUGGGUUUUUUUUAAAAAGGGGGGGAAUUUGUUGGGAAUGUAAGUUUUUGCUGUGGAAGAGGCAAAUGGGUAGGGAGAAAAGAUUUUAAUUGAAGAAGAAGAUCGUUUGAUCCUCCCUCCUUGGGAACAUGUGUUUUUCUUUUUUUUUAUUAAAUUUAUGACUCCUAGGAUGUUAGUUAAUUUGCUGUUUGUUAGUAUUAAUAGUGUGGGAGGGUAGGGCUUUUGGUUCCUUUGGGGGUUGCAUUUAUUGAGAGAGCCUCCCUGGACAGGUUUAAUGUUUGUGAGACAAAAUGGAUAAGUUGAGAUGUUUGUAAAUUUCUUAAAUCAAAUUCUUUAGUAUCUCGGCUUUUAUAACAUACUGAAGCCUGUAUUGUGUUGCCU